AUGAUGGGUUACGUCUACGAUAUUCAGUAUAAACCAACACAACUAAUGGGAAACGCCGAUGGACUAUCCAGGCUGGCAGUUGGACUGGAUCAUGACUUUCAACGGCAAAUAUCCAGUGACAACAUUGUUGAAUUUGAAGACGUCAAUGUAGUCUCGCUAGAAUUCAUGUCAGUUUUACCUGCUACAGCGACUUCUAUUGCAGAAGAGACUAGGAAAGACCCAGUGCUAGCUGAAGUUCAGCGUCGCUUGCUAGAGGGCAAUUCAGCUGCAGUCGACAUGCCAGAACUUCGUGCCCAUGUUCAGCUUCAGAAUGAGCUCUCUAUUUCUCACGGUUGCAUUUUGCUUGGAAUCGCACAGUCAUUCCCACCAAGUUUCGCAAAUGCCUUUUUAGACGUACUUCAUGAGGAACACCUAGGACAAACGAAAAUGAAGAUCCUUGCCAGAUCUUUCGUUUGGUGGCAGGGGAUAGAUAAGGACAUAGAAGAUACAGUCAAAACUUGCGAGUCCUGCGCUUCCAUCGGACACGAUCCCAAGCCUGUACCUUUGCAUCGUUGGGUACGUCCGGAACACCCAUGGAGUAGACUCCACGCAGACUUUGCAGAGUACGAGAAGGACAACUACUUGAUUGUCAUAGAUGCGUACAGUAAGUGGCCACAAAUAAUCAAAAUGCGUCGAGUAACCGCGAAUGACACGAUUAAGGCUUUUCGCGAAAUUGUCCUAUGUCAAGGCCUUCCUGAACAGUUGCUCACUGACAACGGGCCACAGUUUAGAGUUCAAGUCAUUCCUGGGGACUAA